AGAGAUCAGGGUAAGGUGUGAGAGAGAGAUCAGGGUAAGGUGUGAGAGAGAGAUCAGGGUAAGGUGUGAGAGAGAGAGAUCAGGGUAAGGUGUGAGAGAGAGAGAUCAGGGUAAGGUGUGAGAGAGAGAUCAGGGUAAGGUGUGAGAGAGAGAUCAGGGUAAGGUGUGAGAGAGAGAUCAGGGUAAGGUGUGAGAGAGAGAUCAGGGUAAGGUGUGAGUGUGUGAUGACAUGUUGUUUCCCUCCGCAGCACACAGACAUGCCAGAGGAGAUGAGAGUGGAGACCAUGGAGCUCUGUGUCACAGCCUGCGAGAAGUUCGCCACCAACAAUGAGAGUGCAGCGAAGAUGAUCAAGGAGUCAAUGGAUAAGAAGUUUGGCAGCUCGUGGCACGUGGUAAUCGGCGAGGGCUUUGGCUUCGAGGUGACACACGAGGUCAAGAACCUGCUCUACAUGUUCUUUGGAGGAAGCCUGGCCGUGUGUGUCUGGAAGUGCUCCUAGCAUCAACAACCAAAUUAGAUCUAUAGAUCUGUCUGUCCAUCUACACUAUAUAUACACACACAAAGGUAUAGUGGAUUUGGCUAUUUCAGCCACACCCGCUGACAGGUGUAUAAACUCGAGCACACAGCCAUGCAAUCUCUAUAGACAAGCAUUGGCAGUAGAAUGGCCUUACUGAAGAGCUCAGUGACUUUCAACGUGGCACCGUCAUAGGAUGCCACCUUUCCAACAAGUCAGUUCGUCAAAUUUCUGACCUGCAAGAGCUGGCCCGGUCAACUGUAAGUGCUGUUAUUGUGAAGUGGAAACGUCUAGGAGCAACAAUGGCUCAGCCGUGAAGUGGUAGGCCACACAAGCUCACAGAACAGGACCGCUGAUGCGCGUAGCAUGUAAAAAUGGUCUGUCCUCAGUUGCAACACUCAUUACUAUCUAUCUGUCCAUGGAUCAUCUCUCUCUCUGUCGGUUAGCUUUCUCUUUCUUAUUCUCUCCCGUCUGCAUUGAGUUACUGUAUCCUGUCCAAUUGGACUUGUUCUUAAAAUGCUGUGUGUGAAUUCACUUCGACACAAAUUAAAUGCAGCCAGGGUCUCCAAUACGUGUGUGUGUGUGUGUGUGUGUGUGUGUGUGUGUGUGUGUGUGUGUGUGUGUGUGUGUGUGUGUGUGUGUGUGUGUGUGUGUGUGUGUGUGUGUGUGUGUGUGUGUGUGUGACACUUCUCAUUCAUUCCAUUCAAUAUGUUUUAGUACUUUAUAAUUGUAAGUAUGUGUAAAUACUUUGAUGCCGAUUGGAUUAAAAAAUAUUUUUCUGUUUUUUACAGAUACAGUACAUACAACUGUUAUUGACAAACAAUUUGUUAGUAUUUGUAGCUGACAGGUUGAUACUGGCAAUUUUCUGUUUGAAAUUAACUGAUUGUGAAAUAAAACCUGAAUUGUACUGAGAAAUGUA